AUGAUCAAGAACGAAGAGCAGGUAAGAGUGGCCAAAUCAGACCAGGAGGACAUAGUUUCCAGUACCGCGGCACUCGACCAUUUUCUUUAUAUGGAACUAAGCAAAGGAUCCUCGGCAAUCGCUCAAAAUGACGUCCUUCCACCAAUUUCACCAAAUGACGAACCCAAUGGCCUCUUUGGCAAUUAUUUCGCCCCCUCACAGGAUAACGCCAACAGCUUCCAAGACUCCCUUGAAAAUAGCAACAACAACAGCGUCAUCAAUGAAAAUUCGAAUAUCCUAGGCAGUCAAAACCCUGAAGAUAUAGAGAUCGAUAAUAUUCUCAAUAAUUUUAGAGCCACAAGUGAAGCUCCAGUGUCAAAUAAUCUUGAUCCUGAUAUGAUCCAGCAGCCCAAUAUGAAAGGGUUCAAAGACUUUGCUUCCUUUGGGUUCCCACAGACAGAAUCUCUUGGUGAUGAUUCGUCGCCUGGUAAAAUACUCGAUCAUAAAGACGAAAAAUUUCAGGAGCAGGAUAUGGAUGUGUAUAACCUGGCAAUGGGAGACCUCAAACACAUGAAGUUUGGCGGAUUCAGUAUCAAGAAUGAAGAUUUGAAUAAUGCCGGAGUCAUGAAUAAACAAAUCCCUCCAAAUUUGUUUUUACCUCAAGAAUCAAUGGAUUGGAACCCAGACCAAAAUUAUUCCACUACUGACAAUUUACCGUUUAAAAUCAAAAUUGGAGGCUUACCAGAUUUUUCUAGAGUUGAAACCCAAAUCAAAGUAGAUCUUCAGAUUUCUCCUAGACCUCAAGAGUACCUUGUACACUUGUCUACUGAUUUAAUCUCAAAAAAGAAAUUCUGUCUUAAAGAUGGUGUGGAAAACUUAUCACCAAAGGUUAGACAAAAGAUGUUGUAUUUGGACUGUUUUGUUAUUAGUGAUACAUUGCCGGCUGAUAAUGUUAAGCCAGAAGCGACAGAGGAAAAUGCGCUGCUUUAUGGUCUCCUACAGACUGAUAAUUUCAAAUCUUGUAAUAUUUGUUCAAAAUGUGUUAAAAGAGAAUUGAAAAGAGCCUCACGUCGGAAAAAUGGUCUCAGUGAAGACGGCUUGAAUUGGAUUGAUGUAAUUCCAAAGAAGGCGAUUAUUUUCAAUUCUAAGGAGGUUAUUUCUUUGCCUCCUCCGUUGGAAAAUUCUUCACUCAACCUUGAUCGAUUCAAAAUCCACAACAAUAAGAAUUACAGUUUCAAUUUUUUUGGGGGGAUUGGAAACUCCAAUAAUGAUGAUUCCAGUUUGAAUAAUACACCCGAUGUCAAAAAUGAUGAUGACUCUUUUGCUGAUAGUAACUCAACCGAGUUGGAGCUUAGUGCCAGAAUUGUCUGCUACUGUCGCCAUCAUCAAGCUCAACGUGGCUUCAAAUUACUUUUUAUAUUAAAGAAUUAUAAGGGUGAAAUCGUUGGUAAAAAUUUCUCGAAGAGUAUUAUGAUAAUGGACAGAAAGAAGGCGUUAGAAUCAAAUGCGCCAGAAACAAGACAUGGCAGUAUUAGCAGUACCAAAAGGACAAAAUCUAUUGAUGCUAACCCAAUGACCCCUCCAUCCUUGGAUGAAGAUUCAUCGGAUCACCGAACCUCAGACACCAGCAAAUCCAACAAGCGGACUAAAUUGUCUCAACCUUCAAAUACAAGAUAUUUCAAUAACAAAGUCAACAUUAAUAAUAAUCCAUUUGGAAAUAAUUUCAAUAAAAGCAUAAAUGGUCCAAUAUCUCUUGAUCCAAAUUCUCUAUCGCCGUCAUCUGAUAACGCACAUUCCUCAACCGCUUAUAAUUCUAGGUCUCCAGGCGACUCGUCAGCAGUUUUGACUUCUUUCACAAACCUCCUGUCUCCUAACUAUGUCAAGUCCAAUAAUAUUAACAACAACAACAACAAUAAUAAUAAUUCACCUAUCAAUAACAGCCAAUUGAAUGGCUCGAUUUCUGGGCCAUUGGCCAGCCCAACCGCCAUCACUGGAUCAUUUUCUCCUACUAUCCAAAAAGUAAUCCCUGCUGAAGGGCCAAUUCGUGGUGGGAUUGAAAUCACCUUGUUGGGAGUCAAUUUCAAGCCAGGCCUUAAGGUCAAGUUUGGUAACACUAAUGCUCUUGGAACACAUUGCUGGUCUGACAGCACCAUUGUCACAUUUUUACCACCAGCUUCGAAACCAGGACAAGUUUUGGUCACUUUUGAGGACGACAACUCUACCGAAACGGGUGAGCAAUUCAUGAAAAAUGAACAUUCGCAGAUAUUCACUUAUACCGAUGAUACUGAUAGACAGCUUAUUGAAUUGGCGCUACAGAUUGUUGGUUUGAAAAUGAAUGGUAAGUUGGAAGAUGCGAGAAACAUUGCCAGAAGAAUUGUUGGUACAGACUCCCUUGACAAAAGCGGUGGAGGCAACAAUAAUGGUGUUGACAAUUCUACAUCGAAUAACACUGGCAACACUCGCUUUAAUACUUCUCAUCAUACUGAUCUUCUUGAAUUGGACGAGCAAGAAGUCUUACUUCUAAAGCUCAUCAAUGUCUGUGAUUUGCCAAACGCUCCAUCCUCACCAAAUUGGCAAAUAUGUACGAAAGAAAACCAAACACUUUUACAUUUGGCGUGCUUCCGGGGUUUCCGAAGAGUGGUUAGUGCUUUGCUCAACCGUGGAGCCCGCGUUAAUUGCAAAGACGUGAAUGGUUUCACUCCUCUACAUUUCGCAGCGCUUUCUGGUCAUCCAAGAAUUGUUUCUAUGUUAUUCAAAGCUAAAGCGCACUCAGGAAUUAAAAAUAACGCAGGUUUGACGGCUUCAGCUAUCACCAGUAAUUUACAGGUUAAAGCAUUGAUUCGUGAAUAUGAUUAUAAAAUUCAUCAAGCGUCAGGCAGUAGUGAUGAUUAUUUGGCCAACACCGGCUAUGGUAUUUUGCGUACAAUGAGCUCCAGUUCAUUAUCAUCAUUAUCAAGCGUGGAAGAAAAUUAUCUUCGUUAUCAUGUGUCGCGCAUGGCUGGUCCAGGUGCUCAGGAAACGGGAAUUGUUCCGGAACGCGGAUUUUUAGUGAACGACGACGAAGCAGUUAUUGAUCCAAGUGAAAGUGAUAAUGCAGAUGAUGAAGAUGAUGCAGGGGAAUUGGAUCAAGCUGAAGUACACUCGACAAGAGCAAUUGCCACCUCAAACAUCACUGAAACAGCAAUCGAGAAUAAUUGUGAUGAUGUUGAUAAUGAUUUGCCUGCUUAUGAUGAUUUGUAUCCUGGUGGCGAUCCAACAGUGGCGAAAAACGUGAAAUAUUUGGAAGCUCUAGUAGGAUCUUCUACCUCGGCAGCUAAUGGUGACGUGGGGUCAUCUGGCUCAAUUAUUGAAGCGUCUGAAGUUGAUACUGGCAGUGAAGGAGAGGAAUCAGAAGACCUGUCACAAGAAAAUGCCGCAUUCAAUUAUUAUUUGUAUUUCACUGAGAAAAACAAGUCCAAAGCGUUUUCCAACGACAAAAUGUUGUUAUUUUUCUGGGUUCCAUUGCUUAUGAUUAUUGGGUCAUUUUAUGUUUACUCUCAAUUUGCAGGCGUUGAAAGCCUUAAUAAGUUAGAAGAAAAGACUGUCAAUCAUAUUCGUGAAGCAUUAUAUAAGUUGAUGGUGGGUAAAGAACGUAUGGAAGGUUUGAUUAAUGACCAGCUAAACAUUUUAAGUACGGCUCGGGAAGUUCGAUAG